ACUCUAAACUCGAGACGGCCCUAAGUCACAUCUCUUUGUAUCGAUUACGUUUUGCUUACCUAUCGACUACCAGCCAGGCACCGGCGUUAAUUGAGGUAGAUCUAACAAAAGAAGCUGAAGCGAAACUUAAAGCAUCGAAAGCGUGAGAAGAAUCAGCUGGCCAACAUUUUAGCUAUUAUUUGUCUUUUGUGUUCUGGAAUUUGGCAAAAUGGUGUUCUAUUUCAAGAGCAAUAUAGUCCAGCCGCCGGCGUUGCUUUAUAUGGGUCGUGAUAAGCACGAGAACGAGGAACUGAUCAGAUGGGGAUGGCCAGAAGACGUGUGGUUUCACGUCCACGAUUUGUCCUCGGCCCAUGUGUACCUGAGACUCCGAAAGGGACAGACCAUCGAUGACAUACCUAGUGAUGUUCUGGUGGACGCCGCCCAGCUCUGCAAGGCCAACAGCAUUCAGGGAAACAAGGUGAACAACCUGGAGGUGGUCUACACCAUGUGGGAGAAUCUUAAGAAAACCCCUGACAUGGAACCCGGCCAGGUUGCCUAUCAUGAUGAAAAGGCGGUCCGUCGCAUCCGCUUGGAAAAGCGUAUCAAUGAGAUUGUUAACCGCUUGAACAAGACCAAGACGGAGGAGGAGCAUCCCGAUUAUAGGGGACUGCGCGAGGCUCGUGAUGCCGCUGAGCGCCAGGACCAGAAAAAGCUACAGAGGGAGCGUCGCGAAAAGGAGAAGGAAGCCGCUAAGCAGCGCGAAUUGGAAGCGGAGCUUCGCAGCUACGCCUCUCUCCAGAAAACCGAAAACAUGCGUACCAACUAUGAUGCGGGCAACGAGUCGGAUGACUUCAUGUAGUCCUUGGGCAGGACCAAGUCCAGAUCCACCUACGCAUUUACCCAGAACUUCUCUCGUUGUCCUCUAUUUUUUUUUAUUAAAUUAUACAAAUCGUUUUGUAAAUUUUCA